CUCUUUUUCAAUCCCUUGAGUGAAAGCCAAAAUUUUCAGCCCAAACCUCAAGAGAUAGUGAGAUUGAUCCAAUCCCCAUUAAGACAUGGAGAACCUGUUGGGUGAUGAUAAAAUCUGUUAAAUGAAGUUGCAACAUUUAAGGGUCGAGAUAAUCAAGUAGUUGAAUUAGUUUAGAUAUUUUUUUAAAAUUUAUCAUUCAGAAAAACUACCCAAAUCAGCAUAUCUCACUGAGCUUACCAGAUUCCAAAAUCCCAAUAAUACAUGUUAUCUUGUUGCUAUUUUUCAGUAUUCAUUUGACUCUCCCUUGUGCAAUUGGCCCAUGAACUGAUUUCUCCAGAGAACAGUUGGAGAACUAGUCAUACUCCCCUCCUUUCUUGGCACUAAUUAACUGAAAUGCCAUUUUUUAAUCUCUCUCUUCAGCUUUAUUAAGAGUUUAGCAUGUCUAUCAUCUGCUUGCAUAUAUUCCUAUCUGAACUCCACUGCUUAAAAUAGGAAAGUUUUGGAGAAAAACUAAUCAAAGGGGAACCAUGGCAUCAAAGCUGCCACAGUUGCAUGCUAAGUUGAGUUCAGCAGCCAAGCAUGGACGUGCUUUUUACAAGCAGUUAUUGGAGCAAAAUAAGCAAUAUGUGCAGGAUCCACCCACUGUUGAGAGAUGCCAAUUGCUAGCAAAUCAACUGCUUUACACCCGCCUUGCCAGUAUUCCUAAUCGGUGUGAAGCAUUCUGGAAGGAAGUGGAGUCGCUCAAGGGCCUGAUGAAGAGCAAGCAAGAGUUCAAUAUAGAGAAUGCUGGGCUGAUUGCUCUGUUUGGACUUGAGUGCUUUGCUUGGUUCUGUGGUGGUGAAAUAAUUGGCAGAGGUUUUAAAAUUACUGGUUACCAUGUCUAAUUUCAUCUGCUUAAAGUUUUUAGAGCUUAGGUAUCAGAGUCUUGAUCUUUUUGAUGAUUUGAUUCACCUGUCUGAAUUUGCAUAUGCGAAAUUAGUUUGUUUUAUUGAAAUUAAAGCUAAUGAGUCAGCCAACACUAAUGGCAUUAGAUCAGUUUUUGCAUACCAUAUUAAGUUUAUCACCAUUCAUUCCAAUAUCAGAAAUUUGAAAGCACACAAUUUAAACAUAAUCAACUCGUUUCAGGGUUCAGAUGUAUUGA